AUGAAGCUGCUCCUGCCCUGGGCCUUGCUGCUGCUUGCGGCAGCCCCCGGCCCAGGUCCCGGGCCUGCAGCAGGUGCCCAGGACAGCUGCUCCCAACGCUGCGGGGACCUGGGCGGGCUGUGCUCUUGCCACCCGAGUUGCUUCGGGCUGGGCAACUGCUGCUCAGACUUGCGGGACUUCUGCCUGGAGAUCAAACCCUACUCGGGCUCCAUGAUGGGUGGCAAGGAUUUCGUGGUGCAGCACCUCCAGUGGGCCAGCCCCACCGCCAACGUGAUCUGCAGGUUUAAGGAGAGCGUCCAGACCCUCGGCCACGUGGAUGCCUCUGGCCGUGUGCACUGUGUGUCACCCUUGCUCUACGAGACUGGCCGCAUCCCCUUCACGCUCUCCAUGGACAAUGGCCAGUCCUUCCCCAGAUCAGGCACCUGGCUGGCCGUGCACCCCAGCAAAGUGUCAGAUACGGAGAAGAGCCAGCUGGUGAACGAGACCCGCUGGCAGUACUAUGGCACCACCGGCACCGGGGGUAACCUCUCCGUUACCUGGAACGCCUCGGCUCUGCCCACAAGCUCUGUCACCAUCGAGCUGUGGGGCUAUGAGGAGACAGGAAAGCCAUACUCAGGGGAAUGGAUGGCCAAGUGGUCAUACCUGUACUCCCUGGCCACAAACAUCCCCAACUCUGGCUUCUUCACCUUCAUUCCAAAGCCCGCGCCUCCGAACUACCAGAGAUGGGAAGUGGGUGCGCUUAGAAUCAUCAGCAGCAAGCACUAUGCAGGGGAGAAGGAUGUGCGUGCGCUCUGGAGCAAUGAGCACGCGCUGGCCUGGCACCUGGGCGAUGACUUCCGGGCGGACCCUGUGGCCUGGGCCCGCGCUCGGUGCCUGGCCUGGGCGGAGCUGGAGGACCAACUGCCCAACUUCCUGAAGGAGCUGCCUGACUGCCCCUGCACCUUGGCCCAGGCCCGGGCUGACUCUGGCCGCUUCCAUACGGACUACGGCUGUGACAUCGAGCAUGGCAGCGUGUGCACCUACCACCCAGGGGCCGUGCACUGCGUGCGCUCUGUGCAAGCCAGCCCCCAGUACGGCUCAGGCCAGCAGUGCUGCUACACAGCAGAAGGCACACAGCUUCUGACAGCCGACUCCACCAGCGGCAGCACCCCCGAUCGUGGCCACGACUGGGGUGCACCCCCAUUCCGCGCACCGCCCCGUGUGCCUGGCCUCUCCCAUUGGCUCUACGAUGUCAUCAGCUUCUACCACUGCUGCCUCUGGGCACCUGAGUGCUCCCGCUACAUGAGCCGGCGACCCUCCAGCGACUGCCGCAGCUACCGGCCCCCUCGCCUGGCCUCUGCUUUCGGGGACCCGCACUUUGUCACCUUUGAUGGGGCCAAUUUUACAUUCAACGGGCGCGGCGAGUACGUGCUGCUGGAGUCGGCGCUGACCAACCUGAGGGUGCAGGCUCGGGCCCUGCCCAGGACAACACCCGAGGGCACGCAGGACCAAGGCACUGGGCUGACAGCUGUAGCCGUCCAGGAGGACAACUCUGACGUGGUAGAGGUCCGGCUAGCCAGCGGGACGGGGAUCCUGCAGGUGCUCCUGAACAAGGAGGAGCUCAGCUUUGCAGAGCAGACCUGGCUGGAUCUGAAGGGCAUGUUCCUGUCAGUGGCUGCUGGGGACAGCGUAUCGAUUAUGCUAUCAUCGGGGGCAGGCCUGGAGGUCAGCGUCCAGGGUCCCUUCCUGAAUGUGGCCAUCCUGCUGCCCGAGAAGUUUCUUACCCACACUCAAGGCCUCCUUGGGACACUCAAUGACAACCUCGCAGAUGACUUCACCCUGCGUAAUGGGCAGGUCCUGCCCCCCACCGCAAGUUCCCGAGAGCUGUUCCGGUUUGGGGCUGACUGGGCCGUGGAGAAUGCCUCCUCCCUGCUCACCUAUGACUCUCCGUUCCUGGUCAACAACUUCCUCUACCGGCCCAAGCAUGACCCCACCUUCCAGCCCCUCUUCCCUGAGGAGACCACUCCCAGCCCGAGUCAGGCUACCGAGGCAGCCAAAUUGUGUGGAGACAACCAUUUCUGCAGCUUCGAUGUGUUAGCCACCGGGAGCCUGAGCGUGGCCAAUGCCACACGGGAGGCCUACCAGCUGCACCAACGUCGUGUGCAGAAUCUGAAGCCUGAGGUGUCCUGUGGCUGGCUGGCCCCACCCACCAAUGGGCAGAAGGAUGGCAUCAAGUACCUAGCGGGCUCUACUGUCUACUUCCACUGCAACAAUGGCUACAGCCUGGAUGGGGCGGAGGUCAGCCUCUGCCAGGCUGAUGGCACCUGGUCCAGGCCUACCCCGACGUGCCAGCCAGGACGGAGCCACACUGUGCUGCUGAGCAUCAUCUUUGGAGGCCUGGCAGUGGUAGCUCUGGUCGUGCUGGUCUACGUGCUGCUGCGACGCAGGAAAAGCAACACGGCCAUCUGGACUUCGCAGCCCUGAGAGGGGCAGUCGUGGCUGGCGACUUAGUGCACCAGGCCACCCCGGGGCCAAAGACCAGCCUCCCAGGAGAAAGCCCCGAGCUCCCAAGAGCAUGCACCCCAGUACCUCAGUCCCCAAAUACCUGGCACCUGGACCCAGACACCUGAUAACUGAGCCUUCAAUGCCUGUGGACCCAAGGCCCUGUGCCCUGCUGUCACCUCAGACCCAGACCCUGACCUCUAACUGUUCCUGAGCCCCUUUCCCGAGUACUCACAGCUAUAGUUCCCCAGGCUCAAGACACCAUGCCUCUGACGGCUGACACCUGUCUCCCAGCCCCCGUACUCUAGCAUCUGAUACUCAGCUGUCCGUACCUCAGGUCCAGUGUCUGAUGCCUGUGCCCCUGAACCCUGAUAUCCUGAGACUUGGUGCCCUAACACAAGCCCCAGAGCUCAGCUGCCUUGGUUCCCAGACCCUGUGCCCAGCCAACAGCCAAGGCUGCAGGUGGGCCCAGUCCAGGGCAUGAGAGGCCACAGGACCUCCAAGCAAAGGGGCGUCCUCUGAGCUCCAGGCAUGUAACUCUUAACUCUUCUGGAAUGUCACUUGAGACACCCCGCCCUGCCUGUACAAGAAGAAAACAAGCCUGUGGUGCCCCUCCCUGGUGUCCUGGUGCUCAU